CCAACAUCUCUCGGUCGGAUGGCCGAUUCUUCCUCAAUGUCGGUCGUAAUUGGCUUCAUAAAACCAAGUUCAAUCGAUCAAAGUCGUUGUAUAUCAACAAAGAAGUCAAUAUAUUACACGAGAAUAAGCUAGACGGAUUCCCUAGAUCUAAUGGUGAGACCCGUAGACCCAUCAGAAAAAGGAAAUGCAAUACCUAAACCCACCGACUUCCGGUUCUGAUAGUUGUUCAUUUCUACAGCAAUCAGGAAAGAUGCAUUGCCAUUUAAUCGCAUUAGUGCUGAUUGCAAGUACUGCGGUCCUGGUUGAAAUAAAGUGUCAAACAACCAACAUCAUCACGACCUUGAUGGAGACCAGCAGCACACUCGGGACAUCAGACGGAAAACUUGGCGAAGUACAUUGCAGCGCUCCGGGACCAUUCCCAAAUGGAUGGAUCGAUGCCACUCAGAACCUUCCGCUGGUAAUGUCAAAGGUGGGCAGGACCAUCGUUUAUCGCUGCCAUACAAAUAUGAAGCAGAUCGGAGCCAGCGAAGCUGUUUGCGAGAUGAACGGACGCUGGAGUAAAAAUCCACCUCAAUGUCUGGCCUCCUGCAAUGUACCAUUGGUGGAUCACGGGGUCAUUCGGGAUGCUCCCAAUGGAUCAAUAAUCUCUCACGGAGAAAACGUGAUCCUUGAAUGCAACCAAUCCUACCGGCCAGCUCACGGAUUAUCAAAGUACAUUUGCAACAACGGGACUUUGAAUGUCACUCCUCGAUGUGAUCCCGGAGAGUCCCCAAAAGGAAAUUGUAACAGACCGGAUAUCCUGGACGGGACGUUCGUUCAAAUAGACGGGAAGAACGUGACCAGAAACCAAACGUACGACAUUGGAACCGAAAUAAUUUACAGAUGCCAAAAUCCUGCUCACCAAAUGAUCGACACGGAAUUAGAAAAUUCGACACGAAUUUGCAAUGCGAUCACGAAAAAUUGGACAGGAACUCCGCCGAACUGCGUGGCAACAUGCAGGUCUUUGAUCCCACAAUCCAACCAUUCCGAUAACGACUUGCACUUACGGUUCAAUGUCGCUUACAACGAAACGGAAUUAUCCGGCGGACGCUACAAAAUCGGGACGAAAGCAAUUAUGCGCUGCAAUUUCGGCCAACGAGUUAUUCACCCGUCGACCGACGCUGCGCAGCCAAAUAAUAAUGACACGGUGGUGGUUUGCCAAUCUAACGGAACGUGGCGAGGGUUCGUUCCCCUAUGCGAUCCGCCUCCCAACGAUUUGGACUUGUCGCAACUUGCCAUCAUUGUGGCUUGUGUGGUUUCGAUUCUGAUAUUCGCUCUGGCCGUCGUCCUUCUCUGCGAAUCGAGGUCGAUACAGGCUCGGCGCAAUCGAGUCGUCGAAAAUAACUUGAACCGGACAGACUCCUCGCAAAGAAUGCGGAUCGAACUACUUCGGCAAUCUCGGCGUAAAACUUUCUACGCUCUGGAAGAUCGUCCGGAAGGCGAGCGCGAAUACGCCACAAUUCACAGGGUGGGACAGAGUCCGAGACCAUCGCGUUUAGCCGUCGAGUACAGCAAACUUUGAUGAUAAUGGCUUUCAAGUUUAACACAAAUACACGAGAUGGGACAAGCGGAAGACAGGCCAAAAAGAAAUAAAAAAAAAGGUUUUUGUUUGAAUUCGUUUCACAUUUUUAUACGGCUAUCCACUAUACUGCGCCCUUAAAAGAAUAGAUCCGACGGGUUUCAAUUUCAGGCUUCAACGUUUUACGGCCCUUUUUGGUACGACAUGUGUGGAGCCAAUCGUUGUAAAAAAUCGAACGAACGAUCUAGUGUUUUGUUCCCAAGUGCGUGCAGAGUUAUAAAAUAUUCUUUUGUAAGAAAAGAGAACGGGAAUUCCCCCUUCCUACACAUAGAAAAUUAGGUCAUUGUGAGAAUGAAAAGAAUGGGAAUAGGGAAAUAUUUGCAUCCAAUCAAAGCAACAAAGCAAGAGAGAGAAAGAGAGAAAGAAAAGUCUAUUUUUCAAUACAAUAAGGCAUUUAUUUUUCUCUGCCUUUCAGCCAUGGGAAUCAAAAGAUAUCUAGUCUUGGGUAACAAAAGGAGGGGCAUCGGGUUCAAGAAAUCUGUCUGAGAGCUUCUUAAAGAUUUACUCGAAUUCUCAAUCAAUCCGGCCCGCUAACAACUGAAACUUAACGCAACAAAUAAAAAGAAUAACUGGAGGCAAAGAAAAAUUCGUUUUUAAAAAUGAUGUGCGAAAUUUUGAUCUAAGUGCAAAACUGGAUUAAUGUAGUAGGAGAUUGUGCAGUGAUUUAAAAAAAAAAAAGGGCUGGCCAGAGACUCGUUUUUUUU